AUGGAUUUAGCUGUCAGCCUGCGGACCGUCACAAAGCUCGCCAGCGGGGCCUCCCGCCUCGAACGGCAGGGGACGCGCAUGGGAAUCGAUCGGCUGGGAGCCAGUCGUCACGGCAACAGGUCGGCGGGGGGCGGCAGGAUGCUGUGGGGGCUGCUGCUGAUCUGUUCGCUUCCUCAGGUGGGCUGCAGCAGGAUCGUCGCCCAGGACGUCGUCUACAAAGAGAGGCACAGUCACGAGGAGGUUGCCGUGACGACGAGGCCUCACAUCUAUCGCUGCCGCUCACCCAACAUGGAGGAAUUCACCUGCUGGUGGCAUCCGCUCGACAACCUGACAGACGGAGAGCAGGCCGCCUACGUCCUCAGCUACUCCAAAGAGUGUGGCCCCAAACACGAGUGUCCGGACUACGUCAGCUCCGGCCCCAACAGCUGCCACUUCGACAGCGGCCACACGUCCAUAUGGAAGGUCUACUGCAUGAACGUGACCGCCGUCACCGCCCGCGGCAACUACACCUCCCAGGAGCACUGCCUGGACGUGGCAGACAUCGUUCAGACCGAAGCUCCGGUGAACCUGACCCACGUGCUGACGGACGCCGGCGGCGACGAGACGGGCCACAGCGUGCUGCUGUCCUGGACGUACCCGGUGCCCUCGGACCUGCAGUACGGGUGGAUCACGCUGGUGUACGAGCUGCAGUACCGCCGCGUCACCGAGCCCGACAACUGGAAGGUGAAGCACCCUCUGCGGGAGCCGCACCUGGAGCUGCUCGGCCUCCCCAUCGGCGACUACGUGGUCCGGGUUCGCUGCAGGUCGCGCAACUACGGCCUGUGGAGCAAAUGGAGCUCCACGCUGCUGAUGAGCAUCCCCGCCAGGCCGCCCGCAGGUAAACUGCUGGUGAGGAUUCUGGUGUCGGGAGUCGCCGUCGUGGCUCUGCUGGUCAUCGCCUUCGGUGUCAUUCCACAGAGCAGGAGAAUAAAAGACUACUUCCUGCCGCCCAUUCCGAAGCCUCGGAUCAUCGGCAUCGACCCGCUGCUCCUGAAGGGGGGGAACUUGGACGAAGUCAACCGUCACUUCAGUAACUUCCACAGCUACAGUCCUCCGAGCUACGCGGAGGAGGUCUGGGAGCCUGUCGCCGUUGAUAACCGGAGCUGA